ACGCGCUAUGAGCAAUUUGUAGAUGUUCAAUUUUCAGAAAUUGUAAGAGCUACUUUUCUUUAAUUAUUACAGUACUUAGAAUGGCAGCUGCUGAUGGAGAACAAAAAUCGGCUUUGGAAGUGGUUCAGGCUGUAGGAUCAGAUGAAACCUGCGUCACCUUUGUCUUGCAUGAGGAGGAUCACACCCUGGGAAACUCGCUGAGAUAUAUGAUUAUGAAAAACCCUGAUGUGGAGUUUUGUGGUUACAGUAUAACGCAUCCAUCAGAAAGCAAGAUCAAUUUCCGAAUACAGACGAGAGGUGGUAUUCCAGCAGUAGAUCCUUUCCGACAAGGGUUGAAUGACCUCACAGAUGUUUGUCAACACAUACUCAACACUUUUGAGGCAAGUGUGAAAGCAUAUAAGGAAGAAGAUGAGGCUGCCAUGGAAUAGAACCCUUAUCAACUCUGAAUAGAAUUCUGCAAGAUUGUAUAUAUAAUAUGCACUAUUUUUAUAUGCUUGUGCGCAUUUAAACUUGUUUUCCAUAUUUAUUUUGUAUUGUAUUGUCAUUGUCGGUUGUAGUGACCUGUGUUCUAUGAAGUACAUUUUUCAGUUUGUUUUGCAGAAGUCUGUACAAAUGACUCAAUACAGAUGUGCUGUCAGAACCAGUGAAA